UGUUGCAUGUGUGUAGCAUAGAUUCAGGAAUUCAAUUGUCCAUCUAUUAAUUGAAAACCGAAUCCCCAACCCUGUAAUAUUGCAUGGAUCUUACCUGAUAACUUUUCAUUGCCAAAAGUUACAACUUGUGGUGUAUUUUAGUGUAGGCAACACCAUGCUAGAAAAUUACAAUCGGUAACAAAGKGCGGGAAGAAAAGGAACAGCACGAGACUGUUUUACUGAUAUAGCGGCUGUCUGUCCAGCUGGUCUAGAUAGUUCGUGUCGGUUUGCUCUGUUUGUGUUUUUGAAAUAUCACAUAGUGGCGACACUCUUUGAUAUGAUAUAUGUUUGAUAAACCUUUACAAGAUUAAAGUUAGCAACGUACAAAUGGUGAAGGUCUAAAUGUGGCGCCAUGUUGGCGGAAGUUAUGUUAACUCGUUGACAACUUGACUGACAUUUUCUGCGCGUGAAAAACGUGUAGGCUAUUUACAUCAACAAGUAAACUUAAGCAAUAAUGGACCAAGCAACCACAAGUCUAGUUCCAGAAGUGUUCCUCAUGAUGAGGGCUCCAACAAAAUGGUCCCUAGCCUUGGGGCAGCAGUACUCGUCUCUGGGCUCCCAACCCAUCCUGUGUGGCUCUAUCCCCGGCCUGGUGCCCAAGCAGCUGCGCUUCUGUCGCAACUACAUCGAGAUCAUGCCCAGUGUGGCCGAGGGCGUGAAGRUGGGCAUCCAAGAGUGCCAGCACCAGUUUAGGGGGCGCCGCUGGAACUGCACCACCAUCAAGGACAACCUGGCCAUCUUCGGGCCCGUGCUGGACAAAGCCACCAGAGAGUCGGCGUUCGUCCACGCCAUCGCCUCUGCGGGRGUGGCGUUUGCUGUAACGCGGUCCUGCGCUGAGGGCACGUCCACAAUGUGUGGCUGUGAUUCCCACCACAAGGGUCCCCCGGGGGAGGGAUGGAAGUGGGGCGGCUGCAGCGAGGACGCUGAGUUCGGGGUGCUGGUGUCCAGAGAGUUUGCCGAUGCCAGAGAGAACCGGCCCGAUGCACGCUCUGCUAUGAACCGGCACAACAACGAGGCAGGACGCACGACCAUCCUGGACCACAUGCACCUUCGCUGUAAAUGCCAUGGCCUGUCUGGCAGCUGCGAGGUGAAAACAUGCUGGUGGGCACAGCCCGACUUCCGCAUGCUGGGUGACUACCUGAAAGACAAGUARGACAGCGCCUCGGAGAUGGUGGUGGAGAAGCACCGCGAGUCGCGCGGCUGGGUGGAGACGCUGCGCGCCAAGUAUGCCUUCUUCAAACACCCCACGGAGCGUGACAUGGUCUACUACGAGGGCUCGCCCAACUUCUGCGAGCCCAACCAGGAGACGGGCUCGUUCGGCACCCGCGACCGUGCCUGCAACGUGUCCUCGCACGGCAUCGAGGGCUGCGACCUGCUCUGCUGCGGCAGGGGCCACAACACCCGGACUGAGAAGCGAAAGGAGAAGUGCCACUGCAUCUUCCACUGGUGCUGCUACGUCAGCUGCCAGGAGUGUGUGCGCGUCUACGACGUACACACAUGCAAGUGAAAGCCUGUGUGCUCACUCGGACAGACGGACAGAAUGAUGGACCACAGCGCCCAUSGCAGACACACAAACACACACACUGCAGUCCUUGUGAAUAUAUACAGACAGACAGACAGGCACCAAUGAGAAAUGGCACUUUGUACUGGAACUCUAUUCUUCUGCACCCUUGUAAUAAAAAAAAACAUAUCCUUCUUCCAAGCCCUGCAUCCUCCUCCUCUAUUUGAGUAGGUAGUUCCACUAACGGACAUAUGGGAGGGCCCAUUUCCUUUGGAACAAGCUGUCAGUUUGACCUGUUCACAUUCCUGCACCAUUGGYCCAUGACCCCUUCUUUAUUUAUUUCCCCCACACACGGCUGUACAGUAACCGAUGACUUUCCAGACCGUUGCUAUCGAAUUGACAUAUUUUUAACUAACAKCUGAUUCCACCAGUCAAUCACCUGGCUGGUCGACUAUUGAGAACUAAACCAACUCUCCAACAGUACUAAACACACAGCGACAGCCCAGGAACCUACCAUUUUAACUACUGAACCCACUGAGUGGCUGUUACUGGACCCUUCCCUCCUAAACUAAACUACUGAGCUGAUGAAAUCUCCUCUUUCCCAACCCCUGCACACUGUACUGAUACUGAACUACAGCUGUCGCCUGGCUGGGAUGCCUGAUGCCUGGAAGAUAUGCUAGAGCCUGAUUUUAUAGCCCCACAUUUCUGAAAUAUUAGCAAUGGGCCAGGACUGGAGGUGGUAUGCAGGAGGGGACAUGUGCAGGAAACAAACACGCUCGUUUCCACUAACGAACAUUUCUGCACGUAUGCACUAUUCAACUGAACAAGAACUGUCUAGAGGUGGUAAAACGUUGGCUAUUGCUAUUUAUGAGAGAAAAUGCAUUCUUGUCUUAACCAGUUACGUUCUAACAUACAGCAACACAACUGAGGUUGUUCAUCUCAUUCAGAUCAGAGACAUUUUGCUUUAAUUUCCCAUUGAGUAUGAAACAGACAGAUUUACAGUAUUUGAGGAAAUUAUAAUGAAUUAUAAACUGGGUGGUUUGAAGCCCUGAAUGCUGAUUAGCUGAAAGCCAUGGUAUAUCAGACCGUAUAA